UACCCGCCCUUUCCUUGCCUCCAAUCCUCACCGCCGCUCAAGUCGCUCAAGAACGAAGCGAACAAAUCCCCAACCGAUCUCGUCUCCGAUCAACUCGAGGCUCGUCGGAUCCUCCUCCCACACCGCCUCAAGAUGCAGAUCUUUGUGAAGACAUUGACUGGAAAGACCAUCACCCUUGAGGUGGAGUCGUCUGACACAAUCGACAAUGUCAAGUCCAAGAUCCAGGACAAGGAGGGCAUCCCUCCGGACCAGCAGCGUCUCAUCUUUGCUGGCAAGCAGCUCGAGGAUGGCAGGACCCUUGCUGACUACAACAUCCAGAAGGAGUCCACCCUUCACCUUGUCCUCCGCCUUCGUGGAGGCAUGCAGAUCUUCGUCAAGACGUUGACUGGCAAGACCAUCACCCUGGAGGUGGAAUCAUCCGACACCAUCGACAACGUUAAGGCCAAGAUCCAGGACAAGGAAGGCAUUCCCCCGGACCAGCAGCGCCUCAUCUUUGCCGGCAAGCAGCUUGAGGAUGGCAGGACCCUUGCUGACUACAACAUCCAGAAGGAGUCCACCCUUCACCUUGUCCUCCGCCUUCGAGGAGGCAUGCAGAUCUUCGUCAAGACCCUCACUGGCAAGACCAUCACACUUGAGGUGGAAUCAUCCGACACCAUCGACAACGUCAAGGCCAAGAUCCAGGACAAGGAGGGCAUUCCCCCGGACCAGCAGCGUCUCAUCUUUGCUGGCAAGCAGCUGGAGGAUGGUCGCACUCUUGCUGACUACAACAUCCAGAAGGAGUCUACCCUCCACCUUGUCCUCCGCCUCCGUGGUGGUAUGCAGAUCUUUGUGAAGACCCUGACCGGGAAGACCAUCACUUUGGAGGUUGAGAGUUCUGACACCAUUGACAAUGUCAAGGCGAAGAUCCAGGACAAGGAGGGGAUCCCCCCUGACCAGCAGCGGCUGAUCUUUGCUGGCAAGCAGUUGGAGGAUGGCCGCACCCUUGCCGACUACAACAUCCAGAAGGAGUCCACCCUCCACCUGGUGCUCCGCCUCCGUGGUGGUCAGUAAUUACACUGACGGUCCUGCUGCUAUUAGUCGUAUGUCUUGUUAGUGUUAAGUCUACUGUAUCUGGUUUGAUGGACCAUCGAGUCCCCAUGAUGUUUGUUGGUUUCGUGGAAACAGUUGAUGGUAUGGUUUGGUAUGAAUAAGUGAAUUUGAACCAA